UUUUUUUUUUUUGGCGAGCGAUGGAGACACGGAAAUCGGCCGGACUGCUGACCUUGCCGUACCCCCUCCACCCGGGGUCCCUGAGCCUGCCCGAGACCCUGCCCCGCCUCCCUCUGAGGGACCCCUUCAGGGUCUCCUGGCCUCUGGACGCCGCGUGCUGCGCCCCGAGGCGGCCCUACCUGCCCCUGCCGCUGGACGGCGCCUUCGAGCCCGCCUUCCUCCGCAAGCGCAACGAGCGCGAGCGCCAGCGUGUGCGCUGCGUGAACGAGGGGUACGCGCGCCUCCGCGACCACCUGCCCCGGGAGCUGGCGGGCAAGCGGCUGAGCAAAGUGGAGACGCUCCGCGCCGCCAUCGGCUACAUCAAGCACCUCCAGGAGCUGCUGGAGCGCCACGCGCGGGGGCAGGACGGCCCGGCCGGUCCCCCGCGCAGGUCCGACUGCAACAGCGACGGCGAGUCCAAGGCCUCGUCCGCGCCUUCGCCCUGCCGCGAGCCCGAGGAAGGGGGCAGCUAGCGAGCCCGGGACCCCGGCCUGGACCCCGGCGCCCGCUGCACCGCGCGCCUUUGCCCUCUGGUCUAAGGUUCUCUCCGAAGGUGGUUGCGUUUUUAAACCGGUUUCUCCUCCAGGGGGAAAAAAAAAAUCUUAGAAAAAAGAAAUUAGUGUUUUAAAGGGAAAAAGAUAUUCUGACAUUCUGGUUGGAUUUCCUCCUCCCCCUUGUAUUGGCUUUGUGCCUCCAACUUAAUUAGGUGCCUGCUUAAGGGAACUUCUGGACUUCUCACAUGCAAACGGUACCAGAUUCGGAGCACCUCGUCCUGGAAAACCAAAGGGCAGUGAUAGUGGGAAUUUCCCUCCGUCGUCGGUGUCGGUAAAUCAUGUACAUAAAUAUCGAAAUAAAUCCAACCUUAGCCAAAGAAGAACUUCACAAAAAUAAAUAAAUAAAGGACAGCUCUUAAGGCGAGAGGCACGUUUUCCUGCGUCCCUCCCCUUAGGAAUUACAUUGGGCGGCGCCGCGCCUUGCUCGGUGAAGGUGACACGCG